GCCUAGAAGAAAUUGCAAAAGAAAAAGAGAAGUUAAAAAAGGUAGAAAGCAUGCAUAUCAAAGAAGAAGAAUUUGAGACGGAAGAAAAAUUACACUGUUUAAAUACAACUCACUGUGAGCAAAAGGAAGACCUGAAGGAAAAGGACAACACUAAUUUGUUUUUACAAAAGCCUGGGUCAUUUUCAAAACUAAGCAAACUGUUAGAGGUAGCAAAAAUGCCACCUGAAUCUGACAUUACGUCCCCAAAACCUAAUGGCAGUGCAGCAAAUGGCUGUACGUUACCUUAUCCAAGUAACUCAAAAAAUUCUCUCUGCGGUCUUCAGCCUGCUGUAUCACAAAGCACCAUUGAAAAGUCCGAUUCUAAUAAUCUCUUCAGUCCUAAUGCAAGUGGGACAGGAAAGUUUUACAAUUCUCCACUAAUUCCAAACGAUCAGUUGUUAAAGACUCUUACUGAAAAGAGCAGACAGUGGUUCAGCCUUUUACCAAGAAUACCCUGUGAUGACAUGUCAGUUACCCAUAUAAACACACCAGCUACUACGGCUUCACUUACUCCUCAGUCACAUCCACCAUCAAAGUCACCUUCACCUAUUCCAUCACCUCUUCUGGGCUCAACCUCUGCACAGAGUCCAAUGGGAUUAAGUCCUUUUGCAUUGUCACCGCUGCAGCAGAUGAAGACUGGACUACCUAUAAUGGGACUACAGUUUUGUGGAUGGCCUACAGGAGUUCUUACUUCAAAUGUUCCGUUUUCAUCUCCUUUACCUGCUCUUGGAUCAGGGUUGGGAUUAUCAGAAGUGAAUGGUAACUCAUUCUUGGCAUCUAGUGUUCCUGCCACUAAAAGUGAAUCACCAGCACUACAGACUGAAAAAAUAGCUUCUGCCCCUUCUACAGCAGUUGAAGUAGCCAAGCCAGUAGAUUAUCCUAACCCAAAACCGAUACCAGAAGAAAUGCAGUAUGGGUGGUGGAGGAUUACUGAUCCGGAGGACCUAAAAUCUUUGCUUAAAGUGCUGCAUCUCAGGGGAAUAAGAGAAAAGGCCUUACAAAAGCAAAUACAGAAACACAUGGAUUAUAUCACUCUGGCCUGCCUCAAAAAUAAGGAUGUUGCAAUUAUUGAUAUCAAUGAAAAUGAAGAUAACCAGGUAACUCAAGACGUUGUGGAAAACUGGUCAGUAGAAGAACAAGCAAUGGAGGUGGAUCUUGCUAUUCUUCAGCAGGUGGAAGAUCUAGAGAGGAGAGUUGCAUCAGCUAGUUUACAAGUUAAGGGUUGGCUGUGUCCUGAACCUGCGUCAGAGAGAGACGACUUGGUAUAUCGUGAACAUAAGUCAAUUACUAGAUUGCACAAGAAGCACGAUGGAGAUUGUGCUGGAGGCGGAGAAGGCAAUACCAGCUCUCUAGAGCGGAAGAGUGACAACCCUCUAGAUAUAGCUGUAACCAGGCUUGCUGACUUGGAGCGGAACAUAGAGCGAAGGUAUCUGAAGAGCCCCUUAAGUACCACCAUUCAGAUCAAACUGGAUAAUGUGGGCACAGUUACUGUCCCUGCUCCUGCACCAUCCAUUAGUGGUGAUGGUGACGGAACUGAAGAGGAUAUUGCUCCAGGGCUAAGGGUAUGGAGAAGGGCAUUGUCAGAAGCGCGCAGUGCUGCGCAGGUAUCUCUGUGCCUUCAGCAGUUACAGAAAUCAAUAGCGUGGGAAAAAUCUAUUAUGAAAGUUUACUGCCAAAUUUGUCGAAAGGGAGAUAAUGAGGAACUGCUGCUCCUUUGUGAUGGCUGCGAUAAAGGCUGUCAUACCUACUGCCACAGACCCAAGAUCACUACCAUACCAGACGGUGAUUGGUUUUGUCCUGCCUGCAUAGCAAAGGCAAGUGGUCAAACUCUAAAAAUAAAAAAACUUCAAAUCAAAGGGAAAAAAAGUAAUGAACAAAAGAGAAGCCGGAAAUUAGCAGGAGAUACAGAGGAUGAAGACUCUGCAACUACAAGCACCUCCUUAAAAAGAGGAAAAACAGACCCUAGAAAAAGAAAAAUGGAUGAAAAUGUUUCUGUAAGCCAAUUAAAGCAAGAAAAUUUCACUGCUCUUAAGAAACCUAAAAGAGAUGACUCCAAGGACCUGGCUAUAUGCAGCAUGAUUCUCUCAGAAUUGGAAACUCAUGAAGAUGCCUGGCCUUUCUUACUUCCUGUAAACUUGAAACUUGUUCCUGGUUAUAAGAAAGUUAUUAAAAAACCUAUGGACUUUUCCACCAUUAGAGACAAGCUAAGUAGCGGACAGUACCCUAAUCUUGAAGCAUUUUCGCUAGAUGUCAGGCUUGUUUUUGACAACUGUGAAACCUUUAAUGAAGAUGAUUCUGACAUAGGCAGGGCUGGCCACAACAUGAGGAAGUACUUUGAAAAAAAAUGGACAGAGAUUUUCAAAGUGAGCUGAAGUUACCAGAACUCUUUGUUUCCUCUUUUUUUGUUCUUUUUCUUUUUUUCAUUAAAUGAGGACUGAUAAGACCAGCAAUGUGAACUGUAUUUACAUGAAAGUGCAAGGCACAUGCAUAACUAAUGACUGUUUUUUUCCUUUAAAAUAUCACAGAGUUGUGAUACUAGUUCUAAAGGCUUCACUCCUACAGCAACCAUGGCCCCUUGGUUAUUGGUUUGUGUGUUUUAACAAACUAAUUUAGGUAGAACAGGGAAGCACACCCAAAGAAUUUCAAAGAAAGGGGUGUUAUAGUGCAAUAGCAAUUUAAAAUAUAUCAAAACGCACUGAAUAUUCAACCACCAGAGCUCUACUUGGGGAAAUGGUUCUCUUUUCCCUUUCAAUAAAUAUCUAUUUUUCAUUUUUUUACUUUGUAGUUUAUUUUUUAGUGAAUGUAUUUAAUUUUAUGAAUUAUUUAUGAUUAUACAGCAUUCAGAAUCUUCGUUUUCUGUGAAAAGGAAGAAUUAGAAAAUUGCUUUAAAUCUUGAAAAUACAACAAGGAAUGUUUUAAAAUAUAAAACAAAGCCAAGUAAAACUGUUUACACUGAUGUGCUGUAAAAGCACUAAAAAUUAAACUUUACUGUAGAGUUACAAGUACAUUUAUAUAUAUGUUGCUGCAUCACUUGUGUAGUUAAAUUGUAUUUCAAGACAGUGAAGAAAAUUGAGACAUGUACAUACUGUUCAUUAUUGUUUAUAGUAAGUCUUGUUUUAAAUAUGUAUGAUGUGUACAUAUUGUUUGCAGACAUUAUUGUUUAUGCCUUAGGAGGACAGUAGCAUUUUAUUUUAGUCUUAAGGUAAUUAUAGCUAUAUGGCUUGUACAGUAAUUAUCCUCUACCAACACUGUGGAGUCUCCUUAAUCUUGGUAGUGCCUGCCUUUAAAACAGGGUGUAGGGGAUAUUAGUUUUCCAUUUUUCUAUUUUGUUAUAUAAUUUCAAGCCACCACGGCCUCAAAUUCAAGUAUAAUCAUUUGUAUCCAUGUGGAAUAAAAUUGUGACAAUUUCCUACGCACACAGUAUUUUUUCAUAGAAACAUUUCCCCCCAUUUGCCUUGCCACAGAAAUAACAAAAAAAAGACAUUUGUAACCACUGUGUUUUAUCUACUGUGUGUUGUGGUGGCCUGUUGGGGCAGAUAGAUCAGAAUUUUUUUUGUACUAAUGUUAGAGUACUUGAAGUUUUAUUUAAAAGGAAUGUUGUGGAAAGGUAGCAUUCUUUUUCUUUUCCUUUUUUAGGAGUGUUAUUUUUCACUAGUAUGUGUGGCACGGAUACAAUAAAAGACUGUUUUGCAAACCA